AUGAUCUUUGGCUUAUCACUGAGGUCCAGGGUGUGUUGUACUCCGGCCAGCUGUAGCAACCAGUUGAUGGGCAUGUGGUCCAGCCGGUUCAUAUCCAAAUGGGCAAAAUGGACCUCAGAGCCUGCGCAGAAUGACAGAUUUACACACUAAUAGACAGAGCAGUAUCUUCACAACAGAUGCCAUUUUGGAUACUGACCCAACAAAAUUUUAGACCACUUGAAGAAUGAAAAGUGAUAUACCACUGUGCAUAAACCCUAUGGAAUAUCCCAAGAUGUGAAUCACAUGCACUAAGGUAGGCUAUUUGUAAGCUAUAGCUAAUACUAUCAACAACACUGCAAUAGCACAAUGCAGUUACCUGGGCCAAUGAUGAUGGCUCCACCCUGCUGUCGAGGAUCUCCCUGGAAGUCAAAUAUAGGGCUGGUCAUGGCCCUCCACAUGCUCUUCAUAUGGCCCACGAGCAUACCUGACUUCACAUGAGGGCUAGGGUGGGCUAGACAGACAGUUUUUUAUGUUUAAUUUCAUUACAGCUUUUAUGUAGAGUAGGCUAUUGCUAUUUCAGGUAUACAACAAAAGCCUGAAUGAAUGUCUUACCUGAUUCCACAGACAUCUCUCCUCUCCUCAUCCCCAGUCUUUUGUAUAUGCAUCUCUCUGGGUCGACGUACAUGUCAUGUGGGUAGCCAGUCAGUGAGCAGAACGACUACAUCACACAGAGAAAACACACAUCAGACACGGCACAACAACACAUCAAACAACAAAUAACAAGCUUACAAGUAUUAUUGACAUUGACAUAAUUGCAGAAUGAUACAUUGAAUAUGCCUACCUCAAUAUGAUGAUGAGAUGAUUGUCCGAUAACAACCAGUCUGAGACCAGCUUCCUACAUUGAAUAUAUGAAAAGAUUCAUCAAGUUAGACAACAAGUUAUAGCCUAUUUUGUAGCUUUGUCACAUUUGUCACUAAAAUCAAAUAAAAGUUUAUUGGUUACAUUCACAGAUGUGCAGAUGUUAACGCAGGUGCAGCGAAAUGCUUGUGUUUCUAGCUCCAACAGUGCAGUAAUAGGCCUAAUACCUAGCAAUACAAAAACAAUACGCACAUAAUCCAAAAAGUAAAAAGAAAGAAAUUAAGAAAUAUCAGAACGUGCAAUGUCAGAGUCCGGAAUAGUGGGUAAACAGUAUGUAAUCAUGAAUUAAAGUGACUAGAUUAAAAUUAUACUUUAUCUAAUGCUGCAAAUGGUUUUCAAUAAAGACAGUUACAGACUGAAAAAAGUAGCAGUUGGAAACGUUUCCCUAUUAAAAUUGAAAACGUCAAAGGAAAAACAGCCUAGAUUAAGAAAAGACAACACUUCAUCACUCACCUUCAGAACUUCCCCUGGUAUUCUGCUCAAAUCAUCCACAUAUUCUUUGCAGGUGUGGCACAAGAAAUUCUGUCGAAAUACAGAGUUUGUUUAUGAAUUUGAAGCUUGUCUGCUGUUAUUCAUUUUAAUAAUAGUCUCCCCCUCUUUGAACAGUGAACACCUGUGCAUGUCGUGUCCCCCAAAUCUGUCUAGUCUGACUACGCCGAACAGUAGGCUAGCUAGGCUACUUUGCUGCCUGCGCAGCGCUGUCAGAAGCACGAAGUUGCUUUUUCAAUUAUUAGAUCAAUAGAUAAGGUUUAUAAUUUGAAAACCUAGACCCAACGCCAUAAACACUUCUGAAUGUAGGCUAUGUAGGUUAGUCUAAAUGUUUCGUAAAGUUUAAAGUGAAUAAACCGUAAAGUAGCCUAAUAUUUCCUACCCGUACAAAAAUAACGACUGAUUUCCUGUCUUGGUAUAACUCUUUGAAGGGAGUUGAGACGCCAUUUCGGUCAUAAAUCAAACAGUCCUCCACAUCCUCAAGACGAACAUUUACGGGUGGUCUCUUGAUCUCUCGAUGAUUCUUCGUUAUUUGUUGCGUUAUGGGUGGAUCUGUCGCCAUCGCAGCAGUUCAUGGUAGCUAAAUAUUUCCAAGGCCGCCCUGCCCAUGCUAUUUUGGGACUUACCGUUGAAGCGUUAGCUGGCUUCAGGUCAGGAGUAGGCUACUGAACAGCAUUCACGCCCAUUUUCGUGUGCAGUCUUGCCACAAAGGUCUCUUAUUUGCCCAUAGGCUAGACUUUCACCACACACAUUCUGUAGCCCACUUUUAACAAAGCAGGCAUAUGGACCAAUUUGGGCAACCUGAAAGGCUACAGGGAUAGGCCUACCUGUGUGUGUGUGGGUGUGUGUGUAAUUUCUGGCAUAUAGGAGGAGAGAGAAAACAGCUGUGAUGGUGGUUUCAUCCUAUGACCAUGGGUGCAAAGUCUAGGGGAGAUUCUCAUUUGGGCUAGUCUGGGUGACACCAGCAGCUCUCGAAGUGGGUUAGGGUUAGGACUAGGUAAUGUUAGAUCCCUCACUUCGAAGGCAGUCAUAGUCAAUGAACUAAUCACUGAUCAUAAACUUGAUGUGAUUGGACUGACAGAAACGUGGCUUAAGCCUGAUGAAUUUACUGUGUUAAAUGAAGCCUCUCCUCCUGGUUACACUAGUGACCAUAUCUCCCGAGCAUCCCGCAAAGGCGGAGGUGUUGCUAACAUUUAUGACAACAAAUUUCAAUUUAUGAGAAAUAAUAAAUACAGUGUUUUCAUCUUUUGAGGUUCUUGUCAUGAAAUCUAUGCAGCCUACUCAAUCACUUUUUAUAGCUACUGUUUACAUGCUUCCUGGGCUGUAAACGGCGUUCCUCACUGAGUUCCCUGAAUUCCUGUCGGACCUCAUAGUCAUGGCAGAUAAUAUAAAAAAUGUUGGUGACUUCAAUAUUCACACAGACCCAUUCCAAAAGGCUUUCGGAGCCAUCAUCGCCUACUUUUUUCAUGCGUCAGGUAAUUAAUCCGCAUUAUAUGGUUGGAUGUAAACCUGGUUACUGUUGGCUUGAAGUGAAUGGGAUCUCUAUGCAGGUCAGUGGUUUAGCAGACACUCUUAUCCAAAGCAAUUAGGGUUGCUCAAGGGCACAUCAACAGAUUUCUCACCUAGUCGGUUCGGGGAUUAGAACCAGCGACCUUUCGAGUAGCGGCACAACGCUCUUAACCACUAAGCUACCUGCCGCCCUACAGUGGAAUGUAUUGGAACUUGACUUGUUGUAACCAGAGUGACAGCUCGGUCUGCUCUUGUGCCUUGAUGCUGUUGAUUUCUUACUUACAUUUGAAAGGCAAUCAUUUUGGUUUAGCAACCUUCGUAACAGUCUUUGGUAACACUUUUUCUAACGUUUUUUAUACCUGUGUGGCACUGCAGACUAAUUAGCCUACACUAGUAACAACAUUUGUGGUAAUAUGUUCAAUUUUAAUUAGAAUAAUGGUUUCUUUUAGAUAACUUUUUAGCUGUUUUAGAUCUCUUCCACACAAGACAUAAAUAUAUCAUCUGUACAGUUUAAUAUAAAGUGUCAUGUUAAAUUCUGUUAAUUUAUGUCCUUCUCACUUUCCCUACCCAAAGUCUCAUCUAUAUGGGCCAUCUUCUCUCGAAAAAUGUUACCGCCUGAAGAAGAGGACAUGCAAGCUGCACUACAAGAAGAAGAAGAAGAAGAAGAAGAAGAAGAGGAACUGCUUCCUGCAAGGGCCGUGCACGCUCUGCUUCAUCGUCCACAGCAACAGUGGGGGCCACGACGACGACCAGUUAGAGACCGGGAUCAACGGUGGCAGCGGAAAAGGAGGACAUUGUCAUAGUAACACCAGUGAUACUGUAAGCGGAGGAAUCAGAAGUGUUGGAAUUGGAGCGGCAGCCUCCUGAAAACUCGCCGGGCGAUACGCUGCUCUCACUUCCCCUGAGGACUAUGCCAAGUUCCUGCUGUCUCCACCGGAACUAGCUAUCUGGGAGGACCAGGGGAGGAGUCUACUGUCGGCCGUGCCAGCUAAGUUGAUCCCACCACCAGCGCUGUUCCGGAGCGCAGGGGUUCCAGUGCCCAUAGCUGUAGCUGUGGCCGUUUCUGUGCCUAGUGGUGCCAGUGACUACGCUGAGAUGGUGAGAAACUAAAAAUGUUUUAUUUCUAGUGCUGGUAAAUUAGUUAAUUGUUGAAUUAUGUCAUUGAUUGGCCAGAGAGUCCAUUCACUUGAUGUCACAUUUUUAAAUCAGUCCCUGAUUAGAGAGGGACUGACACUGUCUGAACAGUUUGCUCCUGUACCAUAAUAUGUCCUGGUGUCUCUUCUGAUGUCAUCCGUCUAAUCCCUCUUCAUGUGGUUCUCGGUGGUCUGUGUCUGAUCCUUCUUUCUCUCCUAGGUGUGUAAGAGGAAGUGUGCGGCGGUGCAGAGGUGCACCCCCUUUAAGCAGCCGCGAUGUGCCUUCCCCAUCCCUGAGGGAGGGCUGGAGAAUGGAGGAGGAGGUGGGGAUGCCUCCUCUAACACUGGGACUGGCCACUGCCACCUCCUCUUCUGUCCCCUCCCCUCCUCCUCUUCCUCCUCAUCCUCCUCCUCGACUACCGAGGGCUGCUGUGGGAUGGCUCUCCAUGGCGAUUCGCUGCCCCAGAGUUCUGACUCCUCAACCUUCUGUCCGUAUUACCGCAACGACUGCCAGGGGAGGGGCUGCGACCUGAUUGACACAUCCAGCAUCAACCGCCUCUCCUCCUCCAUUCUGGUAGGAGGUCACUAUUAGGGUACAGUUUCUUUUUGGAGGCCUGAUUGGAUGCUUUCAAAAUCCUUUUAGUCCAAAAACACAAUUGAAAUCGGUUGGAUGUGGGUGGAUGCACAACCUGUAACUGUUAUUGUGUGUUCUGUUCCUCUCAGGUGUUCUCCCACCUGUUGGUGAAGGAACGCUGUCUGUGUGCCUGGGUGGUCUGUAAGUACCGGCGGGACCUCUGCUUAGACUUCCAGUUCUGGAAGGAAAUCGAUCUCAGUGGCCUACAACGAGUGAGUAGAACAUUUUGAGAAUUUUUUUAAGGAACAUUUCAUUUUCAAGAGAAUGUUUUUAAACCUAUUUUGUUAUUUUGUAAUGUUAAUGUAUUUUAUAAAAAGUGUAUUAUUUGACUAUAAGGACCACUUUCUCAUCAAACCUUACCUUGAGCCCUAAUCUCUGUCUUUCUCACUCACUCUCUCUCUCUCUCUCUCUCUCUCUCUCUCUCUCUCUCUCUCUCUCUCUCUCUCUCUCUCUCUCUCUCUCUCAGGUAAAUGAUGACCUCCUGGUGAAGGUAGCGUCUUGGAGGCAGAAUGUGACGGAGUUGAACAUCUCAGACUAUCGUGGCGUGCAGGACCACGGUGUGUGUUCCCUGGCAACCCACUGCCAUGGCCUCCAGAGGUACACAGCCAACCGCUGUAAACAGCUGAGUGAUCUGUCUCUCAGCACCCUGGCCUCACACUGACCUCUGCUGGCCAAGGUCCAUGUGGGCAACCAGGACAAACUGACGGACGAAGCACUCAAAAAGGUUCUGUCUCUCUCUCUCUCUCUCUCUCUCUCUCUCUCUCUCUCUCUCUCUCUCUCUCUCUCUCUCUCUCUCUCCCUUCUUUCCUCUCUCUCGCUCUCUCGCGCUCUCUCUCUCUCCCUUCUUUCCUCUCUCUCGCUCUCCACUCAAUGCAUUUAUAACAAGUUUUUCUCUCCCUCCUCCCCUACCUUUCUCGUGUCACUAGUUGGGAGAGCACUGUUCAGAGCUGAAGGAUAUCCACCUGGGCCAGUGCUACAGUAUAACUGAUGAGGGGAUGGUGUCUCUGGCCAAGGGAUGUCCCAAGCUGCAGAUAAUCUACAUGCAGGAGAACAAACUGGUACGUACCCUACCCAGUACUUAAGCUACAUCACAGUGUUCAGUUGACACCAGUUGGUCUGCAGAACUAGGCAGGGGGCCCACCCUGUCUCUGUAGUGGUAGGGGAAACGUUGCCUUCACGUUUAAAUUCUAACCCAUGAAAGGGGCAGGGAAGGGAAACGUUCUGCAUGGUCCCGAAGGCUACUAGAGAACCGUUGAGUGGUGUCUCCGUGAUGUGUAGUGUGUAACAACUUCAUUGGGGAUGUGUGUUUACUGUGUGUGGGUUGGUGGGGUAUUUUUGCUGUUGGCAUCGAGGGAUCAUGGUACGUCUGUUUCAAAUGAAAUGCAAAUCUCAAACUCAAAACAAAAUCAAUUGAAAACAUCCAAAGAGGCACAAGCUAAGGGAGAGCACUGCAUGUAUUUUGGAUGACAUGUAUCUGUGUAUGAUUGUUGCUGUGUGUUUGGGCUGGUGGUUUCAGGGUGUUUUGGGGACAGUCCCUGUUAGAGUGCAGUGUGAUGAUGGGGGUCUGCAUAAACACAACAAGUAAAGAUGAAUAUUCAACACCCUGGGGUUGUGUGCCAGGCCAGCUGACAAUGUAGGCUUUAUUAUUAAUACCCCCCGGAUCCACUACUGUGAUUUUACAUUCCUCCCCUAGUACACACACACACACACACACACACACACACACACACACACACACACACACACACACACACACACACACACACACACACACACACACAUUCACUGUGUGAUCUCUGAGCUAGCUUCAUGUGUUAGCUGGUUGUGUUGUGGUGGAGUCUUGUUUAGUUAGACACCAUUACUCUGCAGGUGUAGAGGUUGUGUUCAUGUUCUGCAGGGGAUUUGGACAUCCUGACUAUCUGAAUCUCUGGCUCUGAAAGCUUGACAUUUUAAGUGUACAGUCGUGGUCAAAAGUUUAGAGAAUGACACAAGUAUUGGUCUUCACAAAGUUUGCUGCUUCAUUGUUUUUAGAUAUUUUUGUCAGAUGUUACUAUGGUAUACUGAAGUAUAAUUACAAGCAUUCCAUAAGUGUCAAAGGCUUUUAUUGACAAUUACAUUACAGUUUUUUACAAUCACUUUGGCACUAAUUUCAGAACCUUGACGUCAUUUUUCAAAACUCUAGACACAAAACUCAAAACGGUCAUCACUUGUAACACAGGCUGUCCAAUGUUCAAAACAUUGCAUUGUGCGUUCAUAUCUUUCAAGAAAUGUUGCACUUGCACAAUCAUUGGUUCAAAAAACUAAUUUAUUGUGAAAUACCAAUGAAACUUUAAUUUAGAUCACCCACACACAAGCAACCGAUAGUUUCACUGUGUCAUUGUUCGUACAAUCAUUAAAUAUUGUAGUACAAAAUAGGUGAUACAUGUUUCAUUAUGGUACUACAUGUAAAUACAUCCCUGUAAAAGUACUGCAGUAGUAGAGAGAAUACUACAGACACAGUGGAAUCAUUGAACAAAAUCUGAAAUAUAUUGAUGAAAAACAAUACAGUACUGUAAAACAUAAAAUGCAGUGUUCCUCAACUUGCUUGCUUGUACUGUAAAAAGCAAAACAUAGGAGUGAUUACUGUACUUCUACAUUUUCAUCAACUCUGUCUUGUGGAUUUGGCCACAGGUGAUCAUCUACAUCACAAUGGAUGUUUUCAUUAGCCAAACAUCUUGGAAAAAACCUUCGGGCAUGGCGAAUCCAGGCCUGACACUGGUCUGCCGUGAUGUCAUUGCAUGCGUCAUCCAUGGCUUGGAGAUGAGUGACUUGUUCAUGAGGGCGCCUAUCAUAAACCUUCCAUCUCCAUGUGGAGAAGAAUUCCUCAAUCGGGUUAUUGAGGCCACGGUUGACCUUCUGAGGUUUGGUUGUAUCAUUGUAGCCGCCUCAGUCAUUGUCAUGCCAUGAUUUAUGACAUGGUCUACAACUAUUGCUCGGAUUUCUUUGGGCACUCUUUGCUGUUGCUGCCGCUGUCUUGGUCCGUGGCUUUGUCCUCUACCACGUUCCCCCACAUCUCUCAAACGAGGCCCACGACCACCUCUCAGAAGGGGUGCUUGUCCCCUGCCAUUCCUUUGACCAACACGUCUUCCUCGUCUUCCUCCCACCACUGCUUGACCUCUAUUGUGACCUGGAUCACCUGCCGGCUCCAUGUUACAGUACGUAUCGCUAUGUUGUUGCAAGUGGAUCCCAAUCAAUUCUUUAUAUACUCAUUCCAUAAUGUGAACUCAAUCAUCAGUAACGAGUUGGCAGAAUUGGACAAGCAAUUACAAGGGCCUGCAUCCAUACAGUGCAGUACUGUCAAUACUGUAAAUAGUCUGAAAAGGUGGUACAUGGGACCAUAGAAACGGUGUCUGAUAAAGAAUGAUGAUGAAAUAUUACAUCCAUAGAUAAUGUAGUCUAAUUGGUUCAUGCUCCACGCUAAUUGGUGACAAUGAAUCUCGUUAUCUUGAAACUUUCAUGAUCUAAACAUGGAAUAUUGUUUGUCUGUUUCCAUGCAACUAUGCAUUAAGAGUAAUGCAACAGUUACUUAUCAUUUUGAGCAGUUGUAUCAAUUGAUAGUUGGAUAAUUGUAAUGAAAUGAAUAGACACUCAUCUGAAAUGUAAUUUGUGAAUUGCCUUUUGAAAUAGUAGUACUUUGAUGUUAAGUUGUGUCAUAUUGAACAGGUGAUUUUUGUUAAAUGAACAAAUUAUCUUAGUUUUAUGUGUAUAAGUAUCCAAGCAACUGAAAAAAGUGUUAGAGUUUUGAAAAAUGUGCAUUUUGAUCAUUGGUUGUGAGUUUUGUGUCUAGAGUUUUGAAAAAUGACGUCAAGGUUCUGAAAUUAGUGCCAAAGUGAUUGUUAAAAAACUGUACGUUUAUGCAAAGAGUCAAUAUUUGCAGUGCUGACCCUUCUUUUUCAAGACCUCUGCAAUCCGCCCUGGCAUGCUGUCAAUUAACUUCUGGGCCACAUCCUGACUGAUGGCAGCCCAUUCUUGCAUAAUCAAUGCUUGGAGUUUGUUAGAAUUUGUGGGUUUUUGUUUGUCCACCCGCCUCUUGAGGAUUGACCACAAGUUCUCAAUGGGAUUAAGGUCUGGGAAGUUUCCUGGACAAUUUCGAUGUUUUGUUCCCUGAGCCACUUAGUUAUCACUUUUGCCUUAUGGCAAGGUGCUCCAUCAUGCUGGAAAAGGCAUUGUUCGUCACCAAACUGUUCUUGGAUGGUUGGGAGAAGUUGCUCUCGGAGGAUGUGUUGGUACCAUUCUUUAUUCAUGGCUGUGUUAGGCUAAAUUGUGAGUGAGCCCACUCCCUUGGCUGAGAAGCAACCCCACACAUGAAUGGUCUCAGGAUGCUUUACUGUUGGCAUGACACAGGACUGAUGGUAGCGCUCACCUUGUCUUCUCCGGACAAGCUUUUUUCCGGAUGCCCCAAACAAUCGGAAAGGGGAUUCAUCAGAGAAAAUGACUUUACCCCAGUCCUCAGCAGUCCAAUCCCUGUAACUUUUGCAGAAUAUCAGUCUGUCCCUGAUGUUUUUCCUGGAGAGAAGUGGCUUCCUCGCUGCCCUUCUUGAUACCAGGCCAUACUCCAAAAGUCUUUGCCUCACUGUGCGUGCAGAUGCACUCACACCUACCUGCUGCCAUUCCUGAGCAAGCUCUGCACUGGUGGUGCCCCGAUCCCGCAGCUGAAUCAACUUUAGGAGACGGUCCUGGCACUUGCUGGACUUUCUUGGGCGCCCUGAAGCCUUCUUCACAACAAUUGAACCUCUCUCCUUGAAGUUCUUGAUGAUCCGAUAAAUGGUUGAUUUAGGUGCAAUCUUACUAGCAGCAAUAUCCUUGCCUGUGAAGCCCUUUUUGUGCAAAGCAAUGAUGAUGGCACGUGUUUCCUUGCAGGUAACCAUGGUUUCCUUGCAGGUAACCACUCCCGAGUGGCGCAGUGGUCUAAGGCACUGCAUCGCAGUGCUAGCUGUGCCACUAGAGAUCCUGGUUCGAAUCCAGGCUCUGUUGUAGCAGGCCGUGACCGGGAGACCCAUGGGGCGGCGCACAAUUGGCCCAGCGUCGUCCAGGGUAGGGGAGGGAAUGGCCGGCAGGGAUGUAGCUCAGUUGGUAGAGCAUGGCGUUUGCAACGCCAGGGUUGUGUGUUCGAUUCCCACGGGGGGCCAGUAUGAAAAAUUAAAUAAUGUAUGCACUCGCUGUAAGUCGCUCUGGAUAAGAGCGUCUGCUAAAUGACUAAAAAAUGUUUUUUUUAAACAAGUAAACAUUUUAACAGAGGAAUAACAAUGAUUUCAAGUGCCACCCUCCUUUUAAAGCUUCCAGUCUGUUAUUCUACCUCAAUCAGCAUGACAGAGUGAUCUCCAGCAUUGUCCUCGUCAACACUCUCACCUGUGUUAACGAGAGAAUCACUGACAUGAUGUCAGCUGGUCCUUUUGUGGCAGGGCUGAACUGCAGUGGAAAUGUUUUUUUGGGAUUAAGUUCAUUUUCAUGGCAAAGAGGGACUUUGCAAUUAAUUGCAAUUCAUCUAAUCACUCUUCAUAACAUUCUGGAGUAUAUGCAAAUUGCCGUCAUAAAAUCUGAGGCAGCAGACUUUGUGAAAAUUAAUAUUUGUGUCAUUCUCAAAACUUUUGACCACGACUGUAUGUCCACUUCUUACCCAAAGUAGGCUAUCAAAAUACUAGAAUACUUACUGACUGGAACACUUGAGGACUGUUUAUUGUAUAGCCUACCCAGUUUUACAUGUUGUCUCGGCACUCGGCAGUAAUGCACUCAGUUCUCAGUGUAAUUUUUGAAUGAUCCCUGACAGUCUCUCCCCUCCACCACUGGAGGUCAGUGGUCCUCCACUACUGAACGUGGCCAGUCAACAGGUCCUAUGCAAUGAGAGGCCAUAGCUUGAUACAUGGGUCAGAUAAAAAAGUGUAUUCUUUUAACUAAGCCACAGAGGCCGGCUAGAAUCCUCUACAUUUGGCACUUCCAUGAAAAGCUUCCCUGUAUAUGUACUGUAUGUAUUGAGAUGUGCAAUUGACUUCUGUUUCCAAGUCUAUCUGGGUUUAGUAGCAUUGCGUCUUUAAUCCUGCCUCAUAUUUCUCUCACCUAAUGCAUUUGUCUUCCUUUCCUCUAAAUAUUAUGCUCUUGAUUAAUUAGUUCCACUUAAAGCUGGUUAACAAUAGCUCAGUCUGUUAAAAUCUCAUUCAUCACCUUAAUAGGUAGGAAAAUAGGGAUUAUAGUGAAGUGAGAUAUUAAUUUUGGCGCUAAUAAUUUUUCAACGCUGCGGUAUCAAUUUCAGACAGCCAUUUUUCAGACGUUAGAUUGCUGGGAAGUUUUCUGGCGUCCUCUUCAUAUUGUGCCAGAGAGAAAUGGGUUGUGAAUAUUUUUAGGAGUUGUUAUGUCUAGCCGCUCUCAUUGCGUUGGCCUGAUAUUGUCGUUAAGUUGGCCUGCUAUUAAGAAGUCCAGGGGAAACUUCCCUCUCUCCUCUCCGUAGAGGACUCUCAUUAUCUCAUUUCUCUCCCCAACUGUUUUGAGAAAUUAAAUGUAAUAGCUCUAUAUCUUUUCUAAUUAGAAAUGUAGGACCAGAUUAAAGCAUUGAUUUCAUCUCGUUAAAAAGGAAAGUGGGCAAAGUGAAUGAUUUACAUUCGUCUUAUAGGGAGAAGUGUCCUUAUCUCUGGAUUAGGGUUAGGCUGCUGGUUUUCAUGUUUUCUGCUGUGUUUAGCUAGAAAACUGGAAUGAAGUAUUUACAUUUACAGACUUUUGUGUGGGCUGAGGAUAAACAUAUUUUGACUAGCCUGUCCUAUGUGCCCUAAGGAAUCUAGCCUAUGAAGUGUUUUGAUGACAGAAUUUAGUUGGCUAUGAGUUAGGGAUGGGCAUUUUACAUUUUAUGACUGUUAGAGUACUUGCAUGAUUUUUUUUUAGAGUACUCCAAAAAAAGAAAGCAAUUUUUAGAACACAAGGCCCGCACUGGGAAAAAAUAUGUGCGCAUUUAUCUAUAUGCCAACAGUGCGCAACAAUGCCUAAUUUAUCAUAACCGUUACAGAUAACGAAUCCUAAUUGCUAAAUUGCAUUCGGAAAUUAUUCAGACCCCUUCACUUUUUCCACUUUUUGUUACGUUACAGCCUUAUUCUAAAAUGGAUUAAAUACUUUUUUCUGCACACCACACCCCAUAAUGACAAAGCGAAAACAGGUUUUUAGAAAUUUUCGCAAAUGUAUUACAAAUAAAAUACAGAUACCUUAUAUACAGUUGAAGUCAGACAUUUACAUACACUUAGGUUGGUGUCAUUAAAACUCGCUUUUCAACCACUCCACAAAUUUCUUGUUAACAAACUAUCGUUUUGGCAAGUCGGUUAGGACAUCUACUUCGUGCAUGACACAUGUAAUUUUUCAAACAAUUGUUUACAGACGGAUUAUUUCACUUAUAAUUCACUGUAUCACAAUUCCAGUGGGUCAGAAGUUUACAUACACUAAGUUGACUGUGCCUUUAAACAGCUUAGAAAAUUCAAGAAUAUUAUGUCAUGACUUUAGAAGCUUCUGAUAGGCUAAUUGACAUAAUUUGAGUCAAUUGGAGGUGUACCUGUGGAUGUAUUUCAAGGCCUACCUUCAAACUCAGUGCCUCUUUGCUUGACAUCAUGGGAAAAUCUAAAGAAAUCAGCCAAGACCUCAGAAAAAAAGUUGUAGACCUCCACAAGUCUGGUUCAUCCUUGGGAGCAAUUUCGAAACGCCUGAAGGUACCACGUUCAUCUGUACAAACAAUAGUACGCAAGUAUAAACACCAUGGGACCACGCAGCCGUCAUACAGCUCAGGAAGGAGACGCGUUUUGGCAAUGUGCAAAUCAAUCCCAGAACAGUAAAACGAGUCAUAUAUCAACAUAACCUGAAAGGCGCUCAGCAAGGAAGAAGCCACUGCUCCAAAACCGCCAUAAAAAAGCCAGACUACAGUUUGCAACUGCACAUGGGGACAAAGAUCUUACUUUUUAGAGAAAUGUCCUCUGGUCUGAUGAAACAAAAAUAGAACUGUUUGGCCAUAAUGACCAUCGUUAUGUUUGGAGGAAAAAGGGAGAUGCUUGCAAGCCAAAGAACACCAUCCCAACCGUGAAGCACGGGGUGGCAGCAUCAUGCUGUGUUGGUGGUUUGCUGCAGGAGGCACUGGUGCACUUCACAAAAUAGAUGGCAUCAUGAGGAAGGAAGAUUAUCUGGAUAUAUUGAAGCAACAUCUCAAGACAUCAGUCAGGAAGUUAAAGCUUGGUCACAAAUGGGUCUUCCAAAUGGACAAUGACCCCAAGCAUACUUCCAAAGUUGUGGCAAAAUGGCUUAAGGACAACAAAGUCAAGGUAUUGGAGUGGCCAUCACAAAGCCCUGACCUCAAUCCUAUAGAAAAUGUGUGGGCAGAACUGAAAAAGCAUGUGCAAGGAGGUCUACAAACCUGACUCAGUUACACCAGCUCUGUCAGGAGGAAUGGGACAAAAUUCACCCAAUGUUAUUGUGGGAAGCUUGUGGAAGGCUACCCAAAACAUUUGAACCAAGUUAAACAAUUUAAAAGCAAUGCUACCAAAUACUAAUUGAGUGUAUGUAAACUUCUGACCCACUGGGAAUGUGAUGAAAGAAAUAAAAGCUGAAAUAAAUCAUUCUCUCUACUAUAUUCUGACAUUUCACAUUCUUAAAAUACAGUGGUGAUCCUAACUGACCUAUGACAGGGAAUGAAAAACUGAGUUUAGAUGUAUUUGGCUAAGGUGUAUGUAAACUUCCGAUUUCAACUGUACAUAAGUAUUCAGACCCUUUGCUAUGAGACUCAAAAUUGAGCUCCAGUGCAUCCUGUUUCCAUUGAUCAUCCUUGAGAUGUUUCUACAACUUUAUUGGAGUCCACCUGUGGUAAAUUCAAUUGAUUGGACAUGAUUUGGAAAGGCACAACUGUCUAUAUAAGGUCAGAGUUGACAGUGCAUGUCAGAGCAAAAACCAGGCCAUGAGGUCAAAGGAAUUGUCCGUAGAGCUCUGAGACAGGAUUGUGUCGAGGCACAGAUCUGGGGAAAGGUACCAACAAAGUUCUGCAGCAUUUAAGGUCCCCAAGAACACCGUGGCCUCCAUCAUUCUUAAAUGGAAGACGUUUGGAACCACCAAGACUCUUCCUAGAGCUUUGGCCUGAAUGCCAAGCAUCAUGUCUAGAGGAAACCUGGCACCAUCCCUACGGUGAAGCAUGGUGUUGGCAGCAUCAUGCUCUGGGGAUGUUUGUCAGCGGCAGGGACUGGGAGACUAGUCUGAACGGAGCAAAGUACAGGGAGAUCCUGGAUGAAAAUCUGCUCCAGAGCACUCAGGAACUCAGACUGGGGCAAAGGUUCACCUUCCAACACGACCCUAUGCACACAGCCAAGACAAUGCAGGAGUAGCUUGGGGACAAGUCUCUGAAUGUCCUUGAGUGGCCCAGCCAGAGCCCGGACUUGAACCCGAUCAAACAUCUCUAGAGAGACCUGAAAAUAGCUGUGCAACGACGCACCCCAUCCAACCUGACAGAGCUUGAGAGGAUCUGUAGAGAAGAAUGGGAGAAACUCCGCAAAUACAGGUGUGCCAAGCUUGUAGCGUCAUACCCAAGAACACUCAAUGCUGUAAUCACUGCCAAAGGUACUUCAACAAAGUACUGAGUAAAGGGUCUGAAUACUUAUGUAAAUGUGAUAUUUCAGUUUUUUGUAUUUUAUGCAUUUGCCAAAAAUGUCAAAAAACCUGUUUUUGCUUUAUCAUUAUGGGGUAUUGUGUGUAGAUUGAUGAGGGGGAAAAAACUAUUUAAUCCAUUUUAGAAUAAGGCUGUAACGUAACAACUUACCCAAUGCAGUGAAUAAAAAAACAAGUGCCAUUGAUAUUGAUUUAUUGAAACCGUAAUAUCAACUGGUUAUAUUAUAUCGUGGAACACAACCUUCAAAAAGGCAGUAACCUCAGCAGUUGCGCUUGCUUGUAGAAGCCUAUGGCUGUGCAAUAGUGUACAGUUUGUCCUCUGUCCUGUGGGGUUAGGAGGCCAAGCACAGAGGCCAGGCACCAGCAGGUCUACUCUGACAUCUGAAGCAUUUACAAAACAUCUUUAUCACAACGUCCCCAAUUCACUCACUGACAGAUCAUCCAAUUCUCAAACUCCUUUUCAAUAGAUGUCUUUGGCUCUACCAUCUCUCUCGCUCCCUCUCUCUCAUGCCUCCCUUUCCCCAUCUCUUUUCUUGCCUCCACUCUCUUCUCUUUUCCCUAAUGUAAUGUAACAGGAUCCUGUCUCUGUCUCUUUCAGUCAAUGAGGAAUGGAGAUGAUCCCUCACUCACUCUGUUCUUCCUUCAUUUUCCUCCUCCUCCUCCUCCUCCUCCCAUCUUUCUGGCUUCCUUCUAAUUGAAUAAUUUAAAAGCUGGAGGACGUUUCUGUGCAGUCUCUCUCUCUCUCUCAUACUCUGCUGGUGGUUUCUCUCUUCUUUGACUCAAUGCUUCCUGCUCUCAUCAGAACAUGCAGUAUCUAGUCUGGAAGUGUUUAACUUUAAUAUUUUUAUGCCGUGAGUCUGCCACAAUAAGCUGAUAAAAACAGACAGUUUCUGGCUAGCCUAUUCUAUGGGUGUUGUCAGAAGGACUAUUCUUCAGUGUGUAUAAACAUAGGUUAGACGUUGAGGAAUAAUGACUUUUGAGCUCCAGUGAUUUCUGAGUUCCUCAGGUGAAGCUCUGAUGGUUGGGUCUCUUAUAGCUUUUUCUCUCACUAUUUCUCUCUCUCUCUUUCCCGCACCCACGCUCUCUUUUUCUCUCUCUUCUCCCUGACGGCUCUCUGUGUCCACACAGUACAAGGUGAACUGGCUGGUUUAAACUGGCUUAACGUUUCUCUCUGCUAUGCUGCGUGUGGUUAGAAGAAUAGAGAAGUCUUUGUGUGCUCAUAUUUGACCUUGUUCAUAGUUAGACAGAAUCUGUGUCAGAGUUGUAGGGAUUGUUUGUCUGUUUUCAGACCUUGGUUUGAGCUCAAGUUGAUUUGCCAUAUUCUGUUCUCUCUCUGUCUGCCUCGGAGGAUAAAGACUUACAGGAUACCAAACUCCUCCUCAUCAUCACAUUGAUGUGUCCUAGGAGAGAGACGGCCUGGAAGUUGAGCUGAGAGUUUUGGAAAUUCAAUACAGACAAAGUAUUGUGUACGCCUAUCUGCUCAACAGAUCACACCCAUUCUUCUGCAUGAAUAAUCCUAUUCCAUUAGUCCUUUAAAAUUAAACACGAGUAUCGCAAUUUUAGGAACAUUUUGCCAAAUAGGCACUUUUCUCUCUCUUUUAAUUUUCCUCCCGCCUCUCCUUUCCUGGUGGAAUCAAAGCACAUUUGUUUUAAUUUUCCACUGAGGUGAUAGUAUAUGAACUGUCUGUCUGACUUCCUUCUGGGAACACGUGUCUGUCUGUAAUACACACACACACACACACACACACACACACACACACACACACACACACACACACACACACACACACACACACACACACACACAGACACACACACAGACACACACACACGGUUCUGUUUAAACACAGUUUUAAUUAGCUUAAAUGUGUGUAAAUGGAAUUGGAGAUGACCUUCAAUAGAUUACCAUGUGCACUCAAUUUAGCUGUAAUUAGUCGGAUAUGUGAAUUUUUGUAUGUUUCCUCUCCUUUUUCCCUGAGACCAUCUUGGUUAAUCCUCCCAGAGGGUGGCGUGUGACGGCUGUAUUUGUGUGAACAUCCCUCAGAACACGGACCACGGAACACUCUGGGUGAUGAGGUGUCACAUUGAAUGGCAUCUGUUUAGCCAUUGGUCAGUCACAGAUACCCUAUCUCCCUCCCUGAUAGGCCGACAGCUUGUGAACAUUACAGUUAAAACCAGAGAAGUGGUCCAAUAACGGUCCAAUGCGGUGAGUGAUGUGUAUUUAUGCUGGCCAGAACAAAGGCAGAACAGGGGAACAGGUAAUGAAAUGCUGUCAGUUAUAGGAGAUCUAUUCUGACACGACACCCAACUGGUUAGUUUAAACACAGGGAGACACAUGGGAAAGGCUGGACAAAAUGUACACUUUCUUGGUAAAUUUGUCCCGGGAAGUAUUUUGGAACGAUGAUAGAUGAGUAGGACCGACCCGCGGACUGGAGGAACGCUCUCCACAGCCAGAGAACAUCCCUGUGACAGUCUCCUGUCUGUGUGACAUGGAGGAUGCGUCUACUUUGACUUGACCAUGUUGUUGGGAUGACGUGACAUUACUCACUACUGGACAUUACUUACAAAGGACAGGAACUGACCUGUUGGAUGUGGGUUCACAAUGGGUGGGGUCUUUUACCGCGUGAAUGGCAGAGAGUUCACCAUCGGCCCAGCUUGUGUUGUGACCCUGCCUUUCAGGUUGAAAUGACACCAAAUCAUGUUGACAUGAUCAACAUUAUUGAGAGCAGAUGUCAUCCAUUCCAGACUAAUCAUAACAGAAGCCUCAUCCUAUAUAGUAUGUUCUCUCUCUCUCUCUCUCUCUCUCUCUCUCUCUCUCUCUCUCUCUCUCUCUCUCUCUCUCUCUCUCUCUCUCUCUCUCUCUCUCUCUCUCUCUCUGUCACGCUCUGGCUCCGGGACUGUGUAUUUUGAGCCAGGGUGUGUUCAUUUGGUUGUGUUGUAUUUGGUUGUGUUUCAUUGUUUGGUCGUGUGACUCCCAAUCAGUGGUAACGAGUGUCAGCUGUCGGCUCGUUAUCUCUGAUUGGGAGCCAUAUUUAAACUGUCAGUGUUCACCUUAGUGUUGUGGGUUUUUGUUCCUGUACAGUCAUUGUCACUGUGGACUUCACGUAUCGUCAUUUGUUUUGUGGUUUUCGUGUUUAGGCUUUAAUUAAUAAAGUCAUGUUCACCUUCAACGCUGCGCAUUGGUCCUCCUCAUUAGACGAUCGUGACAGAAAAACCCACCAAGAUGGGACCAAGCAGCGUGUCCAGGAGCCAUCGCCAGGGAGAUCCCUCACAGAUCUCCUUCGCCUCCUGGACUGGGUCAAGCCGAGUGAGGAAGAGAAGGGCUUGACAUUAUGGCAGAAGGGCGAGAGGCUGGCGAGGGACAUGGAGACCUGGUCCACGGGUAGGAGAGACGCCCCGAAAUUUUUUAGGGGGGGGCUCACGACGUCGGACCAGCAGGAGGCCGCGAUAGAGCGGCCCAGUGGGUUGCCGGAGAAGGCCGCCGGGUUACGGGGGCCACUGGUCGAAGAGGGGAUGGAGGAAGUAGAGGCACGGCGAGAGGUACUGGCGUGUGUUGCCAGUCCGGUCCGGCCCGUUCCAGAUCCCGGUGUAGGACCAGUGGUGUGUGUCCCCAGUACAGUCCGGCCCAUCCAAGCUUCCCGCACCAAGCCAGUGGUGUGCGUCGUCAGCCCGGCUCUGCCCGUGCCUGCUCUCCGCAUCAAGCCUGUGGUGCGUCUCGUCAGCCCGGCUCUGCCCGUUCCUGCUCUCCGCACCAGGUCUGUGGUGCACGUCGCCAGCCCAGUCCGGCCCAUUCCUGCUACUCGCAACAAGCCAAGGGUGCGAGUCGUCAGCCGGAUUCAGCCCAUUCCUGCUACUCGCACCAAGCCAAGGGUGCGAGUCGUCAGCCGGAUUCAGCCCAUUCCUGCUACUCGCACCAAGCCAAGGGUGCGAGUCGUCAGCCGGAUUCAGCCCAUUCCUGCUACUCGCACCAAGCCAAGGGUGCGAGUCGUCAGCCGGAUUCAGCCCAUUCCUGCUACUCGCACCAAGCCAGGGAUGCGAGUCUUCAGCCUGGUGAGGCCUGUUCCGGCUCCACGCACCAUGCAAAGGGUGCGUAUCGUCUGCCAGGUCCGGUCCAGUCCUGCCUCACGCGCCAAGCCAGGGGUGCGUGUCGGCAGUCCUGAUCCAGCUAACUGGGUCAGAUCGGACUGGGGACACUGCGGGGGGAUUGUAGUAGGGUGGUGGUCAAGCCCGGAGCCGGAGCCGCCUCCGAGGAGCAAUACCCACCCAGCCCUUCCCUAUUUGGGGUGUAGGCGCGGUCGGAGUCCGCGCCUUUAGGGGGGGGGUACUGUCACGCUCUGGCUCCGGGACUGUGUAUUUUGAGCCAGGGUGUGUUCAUUUGGUUGUGUUGUAUUUGGUUGUGUUUCAUUGGUUGGUCGUGUGACUCCCAAUCAGUGGUAACGAGUGUCAGCUGUCGGCUCGUUAUCUCUGAUUGGGAGCCAUAUUUAAACUGUCAGUGUUCACCUUAGUGUUGUGGGUUUUUGUUCCUGUACAGUCAUUGUCACUGUGGACUUCACGUAUCGUCAUUUGUUUUGUGGUUUUCGUGUUUAGGCUUUAAUUAAUAAAGUCAUGUUCGCUCAACGCGCUGCGCUUUGGUCUCCCUCAUUAGACGAUCGUGACACUCUCUCUCUCUCUCUCUCUCUCUCUCUCUCUCUCUCUCUCUCUCUCUAUCCCCCCCCCCCCCCUUCCCCUCUCUGUGAUUGUCUAUAUAAUUGAGGUAACCACCAGUUAGAUCUGCUGUGUUUCUGAGCUGACGGGAUGCUGGUCCCUGUAAUGAUGACCAUCUGUAUCUCCUAACACAGGGGAGCAGGCUGUCAGAUGCCCCCCACUCCCCAGGGGAUCCAGUUGAAAAUGGCCACUAUUUCCCCCCUUUCCCUCACCUCCCAGACUCCCACAUCCCUUAUUUUCUCCCCUUGCUCCCCCUUUCCUUCCCACCCUCUUUCAUAUACCUUACACUUCUUCCUCUCCUCUCUCCCUGUCUCUCAUUCACCUCAAUUUAUUACCCCCUCUCACACUCUCUUACAUCUCAUUAACCCCCUCUCUCUCACCUCUCUUGCUUUCACUCCCUGCUGUUUCUCUCCCCGUUCAUUCUUCCACUCUCUCUCCCCUCUGUGUGUUUGUGUACUCUCAUUUCCUCUCUCUCUCUCCCCUCUGUGUGUUUGUGUACUCUCAUUUCUCUCGCUCUCUCCUGUAGUCUUUGAAGUCUAGCUAUCGAUCCCUCAGAAAACAUGUGAAAGCUGUUUCAUGUGGUUAGGAGUGAGGACCCUGUGUUGGGGUCAUCCAGUUGAUCAUAUCUCUGGUUCACAAGUCAUCAGGUCUAUUAAUGAGAGCUGCUGUGUUUCCUUUGACGGCCUGGCUGGCGGACUGGACCUAGACACACUGCUAUCAAUAUUGAGAAACAAGAGAGGAAAGAAGAAAUGGAGAGACGCGAGCGAUGAGUUUUGUAAAUGUCAGGACUGGCCUCUAGAUAUGAGUGUCUGUGAAGUGAACUGUCCCUUUGAGCUGUUCAGGGAAUUACACGGUGACAGUCCCUGUCGGACAAAGAGCCUGGUUAGAAGAAAGGACUGUGGUUUAAAAAGGUUCCUCUGGCGACAGGAAAUAAUGUGUGUGUGUGUGUGAGAGGUUGUUCAGGUUAAGGCUUGGUGUUUGUUAUAUGGCUGGUAGGGACGGCCAUUUGAAAUGAUAAUAUUGCUACACUUCCCGUCCUCGUCUACAACUCCAUUCCAGGCAUUGUCAGAGAAAGGCCCUAAAAAUUGUCAAAGACUCCAGCCACCCAAGUCACAGUCUGUUCUCUCUGCUACCGCACGGCAAGCGGUACCGGAGCGCCAGGUCUGGGACCAAAAGGCUCCUGAACAGCUUCUACCCCAAAGCCAUAAGACUGCUGAGUAGUUAAUCAAAUGGCUACCCGGACUUUCUGCUUUUCACCCCUACCUACAUGUACAUAGUACUUCAAUCAAUCAUUUAACCAAACCUACAUGUACAUAUUACCUCAAUCAAUCACCCCAACUACCUCGUACCCCAGUACACUGACUCGGUACCGGUACUCCUUGUAUAUAGCCUGUAUAUAGCCUUGUUAUUGUUAUUUUAUUGUGUUACUAUUUUAUUUUUAUGUAUUUGUUAAUUUUCAUACUUUUUAACUGCAUUGUUGGGAAAGGGCUCGUAAGUAAGCAUUUCACGGUAAAGUCUACACUUGUUGUAUUCGGCGCAUGUGACAAAGAAAAUGUGAUUUGAUUCAUAUGAAACAACAGCCUACCUGUUGGUUGCUCAUUGUAGCCUUUUCCUUCUCAUUUAGCCAACUUAAUUCCAUCAUUUAAAUUCCAUUUUGCAUUGAUUUUGAAAUCUCCCACAUCACUACCUACACAUGGAGCCUCUGACUAUAGCGCAGCUGUGAUUGGACAAUAACAACAAGCUGUGUGAAACGGUUGUCUAGGCUACCAGUGCAUCUUUUUUAUGGGACACACUCAUAAAAACUGUCCUAAAACUGUCGUUUUAUUAAAAUGUUGAAUGUAAUGGUCUGUCCUUCUAGGCUAUGUAGCAAUAUCACAUAGAUCAUUUUAUUUACUUUUAGACAAAGCUUAAAAAAAAAAAAAAGAAUACUCUCCCAAGUAAUCGAAUACUAAUGUCAGUUGGCAUAUUCGAAUAACCGUGCCCAUCCCUAGUAGUUGGUAGCCUAUUUCCGAGCAUACUCCUCUGUCUGCCCCGAGAAACCCAUUCAGGUGUCUUCCAUCACAGAACAGGCAAGGCAAGGCUGUUUCUCUUCAUUACAGAACAGACAUGGACCCAGCUCACUAAGUCUCUCUUAAACGAUGAAAGACAGACAAGGUUUCUAUCAACGUGGACCUUCGCCACGCCUUCUGUGAACAUCUGUCUCUGUUGACUGGUUUAUCUCUUUAUUUGUGAUAGUUCAGCUGUCAAAGUCAGUUGGAUGCUAUUUGUUGUGGCCUGUCAAUCUCAUAAUGUAGCAAUACUGCGGAAAUACAGCAAUUCACACAAUGUGUUAAGAUAUACAUCUUUCAAUAUAGGUAUAGAAAGAGAGGUAGUCUAGGUUACUGGGAGCACAAUGAAAGGCAGAGAGUGUAGAUUUUAGUCAUUUAGCAGACACUCUUAUCCAGAGCAACUUACAGGAGCAAUUAGGGUUAAGUGCCUUGCUCAGGGGCACAUCGACAGAUUUUUCACCUAGUCGGCUCGGGGAUUAGAACCAGCGACCUUUCGGUUACUGGCACAACGCUCUUAACCACUAAGCUACCUGCCGCCACGAGUUGAAAGAGUUUGUCCAGAUGCUGCAGUGUGUCGGUGGCAGAGGCUGUUGUAUCAUACCUUGACCUGCAGAGGACGCUCUAAGACUGGUUUUCAACAGGAGAGCAGUAGUGGAUAUCAGUGUAGCUUCGUUGAAGACAGAGAGUAAAAAAUAAAUAAAUAAAAUAUUAAGACUGGAAACAUUCCUAAAAGAAGCAAGCAUUUGGGCUUAAAUUGAUCUUUUGGCUUUUCAUCAGCACAAAGUGGAACUGAAGCACAUUGUUCAACACUUCAUCCCUCCAGCAUAAGUAAUAGGGACAGUGGACAGUCUCAACCCUGAGAAUGAUCCGAUUGUUUCCGUUUGUAUCACUGGUUGUUGCAACAUAGCCUGUUAAAGGGAUUGUUUGGGAUUUUGCCAACUCGUGGAUACCAUUUCUAUGUCUCUGUGUCCAGUAUAAAUGAAGUUAAAAGUAGUUUCGACCAGCCAAUGCAAACUAGCUUAGCACAAAGACUGGAAGGAUUUAGGUACGGCUAACAUGCUAAAGGGACCCAUUGCCAAAGUCCCGAAGUAUCCCUUUAAAUCUUUGUAUAACUAACACACGUUUUCAUCCAGAAUUACUACCAACAUAAAUGCAUGAUUUUUAAGGAAAGUUAGUUACAUCCAAGCCUUUCAUUUUAGGAUGGAAGAUUCUGGUUAGGCUUAGUUACAGCGGUUGUGUGUGUGUGUGUCUUUGCUUGGUAGUUCCGAGUCAUUCAGUGCCUCCCGUCUGUCCACUGGCAGACACACAGUCACAGGGUAACCCUUUCCUCUAUCCUCGUUCCCACCCCUCACCCCCGUAUCCCCCCUAUGAUGGGUUUUUCUUUUGUUUUAGAAGUGCAGCUUUCAGGACCUCAUCUGAAGCGGGACUUGGGAGCUCCCUUUGCCUGACGGUGAGAUGAAAGUCGUUAGUGUCCUGGCUCUGUCUCUCGCUCUGGGAUGUGAUAGUCAGUGAUAAAUAGCUCUGGAUAAACUGGAUUCUGUAGGGUCAUGGGAGAGGAGAGAGGGAGAAACCGAUAGGUAGAGGGAGUGAAAGACUGCUCUCCUCACUCCGUCUUCCCUGUCUGUCUCCUCUCUCUCUCUCUCUCUCUCUCUCUCUCUCUCCUCUCCUCUCCUCUCUCCUCCUCUCUCCUCUCUCUCUCUCUCUCUCUCCUCUCUCUCCUCUCUCCUCUCUCCUCUCUCCUCCUCUCUCUCUCUCUCUGUGUCUCUGUCUGCCUGCUGAUUGAGAGGCCAGAGUUGCUCUAAUCACUGGCUUCAUUACUAAUGAUGGAUGUGAGGCAGAGGUGUGUCUGUCUGAGUGAGUGUGUUGUCUUCCUCCUCUUCCUCCCCAUCCUCUUUCUUUCUCCUUCCUCCUCUUUCCUACCACCACCCUCUCUAACAGUGAACAUGGGAACACCCCCCUCUCCUAAUGUGUUUGGUCCUGUGCUGGAGCCUGGUAGUGGUUCGAUCUGGGCUGUAAUGAAUGUGUUUAAUAAGCUCCGUGGGUCGAUGGGCUUAAUGAAGGUGUGACAGACGAUGGGCCAGGAGAACGCUAACACCUUAACCAGAUGCUAAUGAGCCAGAGGGGUUAACGAGGUCACAGUAAUCAGUCUCUCUCUGUCUGUUUGUCUGUCUGUUCUUGUCUCUUUCUGUUUCUCUUGCUUGGUUGGUCGGUCUGUCUGUCUGUGUCUCUCUCUCUGACAUUUCUCUCGCUCACUCUUUUACUCUUUCUCUCUUCCGUUCUCUCUUUCGUUCUCUCUUUCGUUCUCUCUUCUGUCUCUUCCGUUCUCUCUUUCGUUCUCUCUUCUAUUCUCUCUUUCGUUCUCUCUUUCGUUCUCUCUUCCGUUCUCUCUUCGGUUCUUUCUUCCGUUCUCUCUUCCGUUCUCUCUUUCGUUCUCUCUUCCAUUCUCUCUUCCGUUCUCUCUUCUGUUCUCUCUUUCCUUCUCCUUCCGUUCUCUCUUUCGUUCUCUCUUUCGUUCUUCCGUUCCUCAAGGUGCUCUGUCCGUUCUCUUUCCCGUUCUCCCUUCCGUUCUCUUUUCGUUCUCUUUUACCGUUCUCUCUUUUUUUCUCUCUUCUAUUCUUCUUUUCUUUUGUUCUCUCUUUUGUUCUCUCUUCCGUUCUCUCUUCCGUUCUCUUUUCCGUUCUCUCUUUCGUUCUCUCCUUUUGUUUCUCAUCUUUGUUCCUAUUGUUUCUUCUUCGUUCUUCUUGUUCUAUUUUCCGUUCUCUUCGUUCUCAUCUUUUCGUUCUCUCUUUCGUUUUCUUCGUCUUUUCGUUCUCUCUCAUUCUCUCUUUCGUUCUCUUUUUUCGUUCUCUCUUCCGUUCUCUCAUUCUUUUCUUCUUUCUUGUUCUAUUCUUCCGUUUUUGUUUACUUCUUUCAGUUUUUCGUUCUCUUCUGUCUCUCUUUCCGUUUCUCUCCGUUCUCUUUUCGUUCUACUCUUUCGUUUCCCGUUCCUUUGUUCUCUGUUGUCUCUUUUGUUCUUCUUCGUCUUUUCCGUUCUCUUUUCGUUCUUCCUUUGUUUCGCCUUUUUUUCUCUUUCGUUCUCUUCGUUCUCUCUUCCGUUCCUCUUUUCGUUCUCUCUUUGUUCUCAUCUUUGUUCUCAGUCUUUUGUUCUCUCUUCUCGUCUCUGUCGUUUCUUUUCCGUUCUCUUUCUUUCGUUCUCUCUGUUCUUUUGUUUCUCUUUUGUUUCUCUUUUGUUUCCUUUUGUUCUACUCUUCCGUUCUCUUUUCCGUUUCCGUCUCGUUCCGUCUCUCUUUUGUUCGCUCUUUUUCCGUUCUCUCUUUUUCUUUUUUCCGUUCUCUUCGUUCUCUCUACUUUCUCUUUCCUUGUUUUCCGUUUCUCUCUUUUUUUUCGUUCUCUCUUCCGUUCUCUCUUUCGUUCUCUCUUUCGUUCUCUCUUUUGUUCUCUCUUUUGUUCUCUCUUCCGUUCUCUCUCUUUCCGUUCUCUUUUCCGUUCUCUCUUUUGUUCUCUCUUCCGUUCUCUCUUUCCGUUCUCUCUUCCGUUCUCUUCUCUCUUUCGUUCUCCCUUCCGUUCUCUCUUUCGUUCUCUCUUCUGUUCUCUCUUCUGUUCUCUCUUUUCGUUCUCUCUUCUGUUCUCUCUUUUGUUCUCUCUUUCAUUCUCUCUUUCGUUCUCUCGGCUGAGCCGUUGUUGCUCCUAGACCUUUCCACUUCACAAUAACAGCACUUACAUGGGCAGCUCUAGCAGGGCAGAAAUUUGACGAACUGACUUGUUGGAAAGGUGGCAUCAUAUGACGGUGCCACGUUGAAAGUCACUGAGCUCUUCAGUAAAGCAAUUCUACUGCCAAUGUUUGUCUAUGGAGAUUGCAUGGCUGUGUGCUCGAUUUUAUACACCUGUCAGCAAUGGGUGUGGCUGAAAUGGCCAAACCCACAAAUUUGAAGGGGUGUCCACAAAGUUUUGUAUUUAUAGUGUACCUUCGUGCCAAAUGGAAUCAAAGGUUUUUUGAAAGUCUAUAAAACAGGCAAAUAUUUUUCCUUUGUGAGUUUGGUGGACAUGUUUUUGGACCAAGGUGUGGAGGGUAUAUAUGUGAUCUGUUGUUAGGUGUUUUACGGAGGAAUCCAAUUAGACUUUUACUUAAAAUGUUGUGUUCACUUAGGAAGGCCUGAAUUCUGGCAUUCAUUAUGCUACAGAAAACCUUUCCUAAGUUACUACUAACAGAGAUGCCUGUAGUUAUUUGAAUAUAGAUGUCAUUAAGCCUUGGGACCAGAUCUCAGGAAAGUACCCUAAUCACAGUGUCUCGCUCUCUGUCUCUCUCUGUCUCUCUCUCUCUCUCUCUCUCUCUCUCUCUCUCUCUCUCUCUCUCUCUCUCUCUCUCUCUCUCUCUCUCUCUCUCUCUCUCUCUCUCUCUCUCUCGGAGUGCAUGCUGGGAGUGAGUCGUGAAGCAGGAGUGAUUGUGAGAGCGACUGGAAUUAUUUUCACUCUAUUGGGUUUUGGUGUAUAUAUAUAUAUAUAUAUAUAUAUAUAUAUAUAUAUUGAUUAGUUUAGUUGUUUUAAGGUUAUCUUGUCUAACUAUCACUAAGCACGUAUAGGGGUGGUGGGAUCGUUGAGGUUGUUUUUUGCGAGGGCACAACCAACGGUGGGGCUGGUUUCAAUGGCCACUCGCGGAAGUUUGGAGUUUGAAAAACUUAGUCGGCGGCAUGGAGUAAAGAUUCCUGCUGCGGCCGGGUGUUCAGUGGAAGAAUGUAGCUUAGCAGUGGGUGCUAUCAUUGGGUAUGAUAGCAUCAAAUCAGCCUCAAGGAUGAAUAGCGCUGUAGUGAUAUUUUUAGAUUCCAUUGAAAAGGUGAAUAAGAUAGUUGAGAGUGGUGUUGUGUUGCGGGAGACACAGACGCCGGUAAAUCCGCUUAUGAAUCCGGCGAAGAAAGUUAUACUUUCUAACGUGCCACCAUUUGUUAGAGAUGAAGUGUUGGAGCGAGAGUUAUCUCGUCAUGAUCAAAUUGUAUCUACAAUAAAGAAGGUUAUUUUUGGAUGCAAAUCUCCGUUGCUGAAACAUGUCGUGUCUCAUAGGAGACAAGUGCAUAUGAUUUAAAAAAAGGACAUUGAUGAACUGAAUUUAGCAUUCAGUUUUAAGAUUGAUGGAUUUGAUUAUGUCUUCUACGCUUCUACUGAAUCAAUUAAAUGCUUUGGCUGUGGAAGAGAGGGGCAUUUGGUAUGUAAUUGUCCCGAGAACGAGCGUGCAGAGUCUGGUAGCAGCUCUAGUGCUGGUGCAGCUAAUGCACCACCACGAAGGGAUGAACAUGCUAAGGGUGCAGGGGAAGGGAGAAGGUGGGCAGAUGUGAUUGGAAAAGUAGGAGAGGAAGGCAGUGCGGAUACGGGGGCAAUUGUGGUAGAUCAGAACAAAGAAGGAGGGGAAAAAGUCGGUGAGAUUGCGACUGCCGUUGCUGAGGUGGUGCUGGAAAAUUAGGAGAUUGAAAUAAUGGAAAAGGAAGCAGCUGUUUUCAAAGUACCGAGGAGUAAGAGGAAGAAUGUAUGGGGUGGUGAAGGGUCUAAUUCCAAGAGGAAGGUAGAGAUUGAUAAAUCAGUUGAAGAUAAACAGGUUGUAGAGAUGGUGGAGUUUUCUUCUGGGGAGGAUAGCGAGAGUGAGUCAUCUGAUGCGUCACAACAAAAUAGUGAGAUAAAUGGGGUGGAAGGGAGGUAUGGGAUUGAGAAGGUACGUCAGUUUCUGUAGUUGACAAAAGGGAAGAAAUAUAUGCAGAAUUAUAAUGUAACAGAUUUUUUCCCUGAAAGUGAAUUGUUUAUUGAAUCAGCAAAGUUUCUGAUGUCAAAAAUAACAGGGGGAGGUUUGACAAGCCCUGAAAUUGCUAGACUCAAGAAAGUGGUCACGAGAGUGAUAAGUAAUGUAAAUUCUAAAGGAAAUGAAAGAGUUCAGUCGCAGCCUUAACUCUGUAAAGAGAUGUGGUUUCUGUGUCUUCCACUGUAUUUUUUAAAAAGAUUUCUUCUUUAAACGUAAAUGGGGCAAGAGACGUAAAAAAAAGAGCCAUAGUGUAUGAGUUAAUUAGGGGAAAGGGAAGUGACAUACAUUUUCUACAAAAAACGCAUAGUAAUUUGGAAAAUGAAGUUAUGUGGCAACAGGAGUGGGGGGGGACAGUGGUGUGGUCAUAAAAACUCAAAAAGUGUGGGCGUGGCCAUCUUGUUCUCAAAAGGGUUUUUGCCUUUGUCAUAUGAGGUUGAAGAGGUAGUUGAGGGGAGGUUAUUAAAAGUUAGAGCAAGGUAUGAAAACAUCACUAUGUGUCUGAUAAAUGUAUAUGCCCCAGUGGUGGCAGUUGAGAGGGUAUGUUUUUUAGAGACAUUAUCAAAUACCAUUGAGAAAUGUAAUAAUUAAGAUUAUUUAUUUAUUGCUGGGGAUUUUAACUGCACAGUCAGUGAUUUAGAUAGAAAUCACAAAGAACCUCAUAUAGCCUCAAGGACUUUUUUAAAAUGCCUCAUUGUAACACAUGAACUGUGUGAUAUUUGGCGAAUUCAAUAUGGAGGCACGAGACAGUACACCUGGGCGCAUGUGAGAGAGAACACCAUCUCUAUGGCCAGGUUAGAUAGGUUUUAUUGUUUUGAGCAUCAAUCUCAGGUCUGUAAAUCAAGUGUGAUAACCCCAGUGGGAUUUUCUGAUCAUUGUUUAAUAACAGAGGUGGUGUUCAUUAACGAUGUAAAACCCAAAAGCGCAUACUGGCAUUUUAAUAUAAUAAUAAUAAUAAUAAUAAUAAUAAUAAUAAUAAUAAUAAUAAUAAUAAUAAUAAUAAUAAUAAUAAUAACUUUAUUGAGUGAUGCUCACUUCAGGAAAUGUUUUAGUUUUUUCUGGGAGAGGUGGAGGUCUCAAAAGGCCAGUUUUGUAUCCCUUCAACAGUGGUGGGAUAUAGGGAAAAUCCAGAUUCAACAAUUCUGUAAUCAAUACACGAGGAAUGUCACCAAGGUUAUCACCAGAUCAAUGAAAGCCCUAGAGACUGAAAUAGUGGAACUCAUGAUGUUGGUUGAGGCCACAGGAGAUCGAGGCCAUACUCAGGCCCUCAAGAGGAAAAAAGCUGCAUUGGCAGACCUGCUGGGUAUCAGAGCACAGGGGGCAUUGGUGAGAAGUAAGUUUCAGGGAAUCUCUGAAAUGGAUGCCUCAUCCAAAUAUUUAUUUGGUUUAGAGAAAAAGAAUGGACAAAGAAGAAUUAUUCAUUGUCUCAAAUCAGCUGUUGGACAGGAGCUCACUAGCCCUAGUGAAAUUAGAAAGAGGGCAGUAGAGUUCUAUGCUGAGCUCUACAAGUGUGAGUACAAAGAGGAUAAAACAGUGACACAGCAGUUCCUUGAUGGGCUCCCACAGGUGGCUGCAGAAGCUCAGGUUGAGCUAGAGCAACCAUUGUAUUUGCAGGAGCUAUACACUGCAUUAAAAGGCAUGGAAAAUGGAAGGGCACCAGGCAUUGAUGGGCUUCCCGUUUACUUUUUUAAGUCUUUUUGGGCUAUGUUGGGAGAGGAUUGGCAAGCAGUAGUUAAUGAUAGUUUAACCGGAGGGUUACUACCAAUAAGCUGCAGAAGGGCUGUCCUCACCCUACUGCCCAAAAAGGGUGACCCUAGGGAGGUGAAGAACUGGAGGCCGAUGGCUUUAUUGUGCACUGAUUAUAAGAUCCUGUCCAAGGCUUUGUCCAACAGGCUGAGGGAGGUGAUGGGGCAAAUCAUACGGACCAGUCCUACUGUGUUCCUGGAAGGCAGAUAGGGGAUAACAUUUCUCUGAUUCGUGAUUUUUUGGAUGUCUCUAGGGCUAUUGGGUUGGAUGCUGGUCUAAUUUCAAUUGAUCAGGAAAAGGCAUUUGACCAAGUUGAACAUCAAUACUUAUGGCACACUUUUGAGGCGUUUGGGUUCAGCUCUGGUUUUAUUGCCAUGAUAAAGGUGAUAUAUGGUGACAUUGAAAGUGUAUUGAAAGUUAACGGUGGCUUGAGUGCUCCUUUUGAAGUGUGUAGAGGUAUUAGACAGGGAUGUUCUUUGUCGGGAAUGUUAUAUGCCAUUGCUAUAGAGCCACUACUAAAUAGCAUUAGAAGUCGCAUUGAAGGGGUGACCACUCAGAGGAUAUUCCUCCUAUUCGUCUCUCAGCCUAUGCUGAUGAUGUAGUUGUUUUAAUGAAAAAUCAAGCGGAGGUGGAUAGUUUGAAAAAACAUGGGGGAUUGGAAGUGAUGCAGACAAUUACAUUGAUAGAAGAUACAAUCUAUCUGCAAUAUUAAGCUGAUCCAUUCCCAAAAAAUUAAAAAUUAAAAUAAAAAUGAAAAUAAAAAUGAAAAUAGAAAUAAGAAAUGACAAAAAAUAAAUAAAAAAACAAAUAAAAAGUUAUUGUACAUCUUGCUAGUAGGGCUGCUGCUUUCCGGUUUCAGUUUAUUCAAAGGUUGCUUUAUGGACCGGAAAAUGUGGUUUGGAGAGGGGUGGCAGGUCUUGUAUUACAGCAGGUUGGGGGAUUAGGUUUAAAGAAGGCUUUAUUUUUGGUUGAUAGUAGCCAGAUUUCUAGGGAGGGAGUACCUCCGUUUUACAGAGGCCUUCUUAGGGUGUGGAGCAUAAUGAAGGUGUCCAGACGAACUUCAGCGGAGUCAGUGCAUUGGCUGUUGGAGGAACCUCUGGUGUAUGGGGCAAGACUGGAUUGUACAACUGCAGCUGUUCCACAUUUCUCCAAGAUUCUGGUGUACAACUGCAGCUGUUCCACAUUUCUCCAAGAUUCUGGUGAAGGGCAAAAUCAUCACCUUAAAACAGUUAAUGGCCAUGGCUGGGCCCGCCUUAAUGGAUGGAAGACGGGUGGCUGAACAUUUGGGGGUGAGGUCGGAAAGGAUUGUCGGACAACUGCUGGGAAGCAGCAGGAAGGCUCUGUCAGCAGAAGAGUGGGGUAUGCUGAAUAGUCACAAGAAGAAGGUACAAGAUGAAAACGUCUCAUUUCCAAGACUAGGGAUUACACCCAAUAUCCCAGAGUCAGAAAGAAAGGCGUUAUUACUGGAUUUGAGAGGGUUGGAAGAGGUGGGUUUGGAUGAGGUGAAUGGGAAAGACUUAUAAAGGGGUGUGUCAAGGUGUUGAAUAAAGAUACAUUGAAAAAUAGAAAAGACACUCCAUGGAGGGUAAAAUUGGGCAUUGAUGACAAGGUAAAGCCACAUGGAGAGCACUGUACAAGCCACCGUUACAAAAGGGUACUGGGGAUAUGCAAUGGAGGGUUUUACAUGGCAUCAUUGCAGUUAAUGCUUUUGUAUCUGUUAUUAACUCAGAUGUUGGAGAUGGAUGUCCUUUUUGUAAUAUAAGAUAAACAAUUUUUCACUGUUUUAUGGAGUGUGAGAGGAUAAAACCUCUCUUUGGAAAUGCUGGAGUCUUUGUUUAAAGCUGUAGGGGAGAUUUUCAAUAACACUGUUUUUAUUUUGGGGUUUCAAUAUAGUAAGCAACAGAAAAGAAAAUGUAAACUGUUACAUUUUAUUUUGGGACAAGCUAAGAUGUCAAUUUUUCUGAGUAGGAAACAUAAGAUAGAAACGGGAUAUGGGCAGGAUGUAAGAUGUGUUUUUAAAGGAUUAGUGAAAGCGAGAAUAAAAGUGGAUUUGAGUUCUUCUCGGCUGUAAAAUAUCUCCCAUUGUUUGAGGAUAAGUGGGCCUACGAAGGAGCGGUUUGUUUUGUGGAGGAGGGGAAACUAUUUUUUGUUGAUGAAAUUAGUUGAAUGUAUAUGUUUUUUUGUAUUUUUAUUUAAUUUAUUUUUAUUUUUGUUUUCAUUUUUAUUUAGGAAUGGCAUUUGUUGUCUGAAAAGGCAGUGUGCCAUUAUUUAUGUUAACACUUGAGUAUAAAAUAAAGGUUUGAUAAAAACUAAAAACUCUCUCUCUCUCUCUGUCUCUCUCUCUCUCUCUCUCUCUCACUCUCUCUCUCUCUCUCUCUCUCUCUCUCUCUCUCUCUCUCUCUCUCUCUCUCUCUCUCUCUCUCUCUCUGUCUCUCUCUCGCUCUCUGUCUCUCUCUCUCUCUCUCUCUCUCUCUCUCUCACUCUCUCUCUCUGUCUCUCUCUCUCUCUCUCUCUCUCUCUCUCUCUCUCUCUCUCUCUCUCUCUCUCUCUCUCUCUCUCUCUCUCUCUCUCUUUCUCUUUCAGUAACAUAUAUAAGACAGCGUAUCUCUUCAGGGAGAACUUGGCUUCAGAAAGCGGGGUGAAAACCUCAAGAGUACUGGACCUUUCUUUCUUCCAAGGACCCUGGUUCUGAGAAGAGGCCUGUUUUCAAGGUCCCUACAAUAUUACAAAUGUCUAUACUGAGGGCUGUAGGCCUUCUGUUCCAACAGCCAAUGAUUGAUAGCUAGGGAUGUGUGGCCUACAGUUGCUGUCAAGUAUGGAAUGUUGUGUAGAAUGUUUGGACCACACACACAUACACUGUUCUCAGACAUUCUGAUACAGAACUCCAUGGAAUCCAUGGUCACUCAUUGGACAAUUGUCACUUUGGUGAUGUCUACUUAUAUAGUGUAUUCCAUAGGCUACAUUAUGUGCAUUUCAAGGGAGGGGAAGGGGGUUGUCAUGUGUCAUCAUUGGUCCCCUAUACUGACCUACAGUAUGUAGGGCUACCCAUCUACCCAUACUCCUUCACUGUCACCAAGGAGCAGUCACUCACCAGAGACAGUGUGACUUCCUGAGUCUCAUAUUUCUUGGUGUAGCGCUGGCGAGCUCGGUAACACCCGUUAUGAUGUAUAGCGUCAGGUCAACCAAUCGAUUAAUGGAGCACUUAGCCAAGCUAAUUAACUGCUGUGUAAGAUUGGGGGGAAGCACCAGAGAGAGGGGGAGUGGACCUAGAUAACCCUGUAGCAUAUAUCUCUUGCAGUAACACUUAGUGGCGCUUCUCAUGUCUAGGUGCUGUUGGCUUUAUAGACACUGUAGUGUGUUAAGUUGUUAUAUAUUACCUGUCUGUUAUACAAGGUAAUCCUCAUAACAGUGGCCUGACCACCACCAACCUUACAUGUGGUGUAAUGGAGGUUAAACGCACGUUUUGCUGGAAAUGCAUAGAAAAUAUAGGGAGCGUUACUUUACUCAAAGUGAUUUAGUGUUUACCCACCUAUUUUUUUAAAACCACUACAUCACUGAUGUGAACGUAAAGCAGAGGUCUUCCAUCCUGGAGAACUAGAGGGUGUACACGUUCUUAACAUUCUUCUUUUGUGAACUUUAUCCCUCACUUCAUCUCUCACUUUUCUUCACCUCAUCUACUCUUUCCAACUGUGCCGCCUCUGAGAGAUCGGAUGAAAAUAGAGGGAUGAAAUGUUGACUUUUUAUUGUCACCUGUCACUACUUCCCCCUUCAAAUCCCUGUUAUCCCUUCUGCUCCCCUCUCCUCCCCUAUCAGCUGUCAUUCCUUCUGCUCCCCUCUCCUCCCCUGUCAUCUGUCAUCCCUUCUGCUCCCCUCUCUCCACCCUGUCAUCUGUCAUCCCUUCUGCUCCCCUCUCCUUCCCUGUCAGCUGUCAUCCCUUCUGCUCCGCUCUCCUCCCCUGUCAUCUGUCAUCCCUUCUGCUCCCCUCUCCUCCCCUGUCAUCUGUCAUCCCUUCUGCUCCCUCUCCUCCCCUGUCAUCUGUCAUCCCUUCUGCUCCCCUCUCCUCCCCUGUCAUCUGUCAUCCCUUCUGCUCCCCUCCUCCCCUUGUCAUCUGUCAUCCCUUCUGCUCCCCUCUCCUCCCCUGUCAUCAUCCCUUCUGCUCCCCCCCUCUCAUCGUCUUCCCCUGUCCCUUUCUCCUCCUCCUCUGUCAUCUGUCAUCCCUUCUCUCCCUCUCCCCUCUGUCACUGUCAUCCCUAUCUGCAUCCCCUCCUCCCCCGCCAUCUGCAUCCUUCUGCUCCCCUCUCCGUCAUCUGUCAUCCUUCUGCUCCCCUCUCCUGCCCUGUCAUCUGUCAUUCCUUCUGCUCCCCUCUCCCCCCCUGUCAUCUGUCAUCCCUUCUGCUCCCCUCUCCUCCCGUCAUCUGUCAUCCCUUCUGCUCCCCUCCCCCCCUGUCAUCUGUCAUCCCUUCUGCUCCCCUCUCCUCCCGUCAUCUGUCAUCCCUUCUUCUCCCCUCUCCUCCCGUCAUCUGUCAUCCCUUCUGCUCCCCUCUCCUCUCCUCCCCUGUCAUCUGUCAUCCAUUCUGCUCCCCUCUCCUCCCCAGUGAUCUCUCGUUCCGUUCUCCUCUCCUCCCCUCAGCUCCUCUCCUACCUACACUGUGUGUAUUUUGUGCAAAACUGAAUCAGUUCCCUCAAUUAAAAGUGAAUUUGGUUAAAGUGAUUUGGCGCCAUUGGGCUCAGAUGAAAGAGCACUGGGUGCAUUCUUUAUUUGUGUGUGUGUAUGUGUGUGGUCUGUGUGUGGUGUGUGCGCAGAGUGAAAGCAGCUGAUUUACAUUUAGAUAAAUCCCCAUGGAUACGCUGUUGUCAUUGAGAUGCAGGGGGCUAAAUCCAGGGCCCCCACCCGUGCCCUAUUACCUGCAGGAGAUGGCCUACUUUCACAGACAGAUCAACCCUGACUGCUUAAAUAGCCACUGUAUGUGUGUGUAAUAUAAUUCCUGCUUUGUUUUUCUUCAACGUACAAAACAUCAGUGACAUGACAUUCCAGAUCAUAUGUAUCUAUGCAUGUCGUCAUUGUGUGUGUAUGUUUGUGUUUGCAUCAGUGUGUGUGUGUGUUGGGCAGGCAAGGCGAUGAUGGAUUGACUGUGGGGCGGUGGGUGGUGGCUGAUUGACAGCUAGUGUUGACGGCGGUCGGAUGGGCUGAAAAGGCCAUAAAUAUUAACCAGUGCCAGAUGAAGGUGUGUGUUGUGCUGUUGGGAGGUAGCGAUUUGCUGCAGAUUUAUCUGAGAGACCAGAGGAGACUAUUGAUUCACUAAGAGUAUUCAAUCAAUACUGUACUGUACCUCUCUACUAUAGUGCUGUAGAGUAUUUAAUACUAUACAUCUCUACUAUAGUGUUGUAGAGUAUGUAAUACUAUACCUCUCCACUAUAGUGCUGUAGAAUAUUUAAUAAUAUACCUCUCUACUAUAGUGCUGUAGAGUAUUUAAUACUAUACCUCUCUACUAUAGUGCUGUAGAGUAUUUAAUACUAUACCGCUCUACUAUAAUGCUGUAGAGUAUUUAAUACUAUACCUCUCUACUAUAGUGCUGUAGAGUAUUUAAUAGUAUACCUCACUACUAUAGUGCUGUAGAGUAUUUAAUACUAUACUGCUCUACUAUAAUGCUGUAGAGUAUUGAUUUCCUUCUCUUCCUCUUUAAAUCCCUCUCUUCCAUGUGUAACCCAGCCUGUGUUCUUGUCCCUGUUAAGCAGAUCCACCCUCUGUCUAUUCCCCCUCUUUUCUCUUCUCUCUGAAGAGCUGAAGAUGUGUCAGAGGAAUGUAGGAUUACCACAUUUACAGCACACACACACUCCUGCUGCUUACAACAGAGGGGGCUAUGUUAGGAGACAUUGCUCCUGCUUCUCUAGGGCACAGAGCAGUGAAGCUGAUAGGCUAGAAUAUUGUAUUUCAACUCAACCCUAUGGCCAACUACUAUGCUGUGAACUCAUACUAACCGUACUAUUUGUGAUGUAAAUUAAAUAUUUAGGAUGCUUAUUGGUCAUAGUAUGGAUAUAGUUAGUAUGCUAAAAGUUCCCAGAUUUCGUACUACAUUCGCCAAAAUUUGAAGUAUACAAGCAGUGGACACUAUUUCUGUGCUUUUAGGGCCCAUAAUGCAAUUAUUCAGAAAAAGGGCUUGGCUUCACAACAUUUUCAGAUUUGAAGAAAAUGGCGGAAAAUAUGCAGCCGAAGUCCGACGAGAGCGGAUACAAAUGUAAGUACAAAAAGUAAAUGUUCAUUGCUUUAACUAAUUAUGACAAAUGUUAAGAAUAUAACCUCUUAAGGAUCGUACCUUAAGGGGGGGGUGAAUGUAUCAAACCAGUUGCCGUGACAAAAGUGUUUUGUUGUUGUGCACUAUCCAAUAGCAUGGUAUAUUUUAGCUGUAAUAGCUACUGUAAAUUGGACACUGCAGAUUAACAAUAAUUGAAGCUUUCUGCCCAUAUACAGUGGGGAAAAAAAGUAUUUAGUCAGCCACCAAUUGUGCAAGUUCUCCCACUUAAAAAGAUGAGAGAGGCCUGUAAUUUUCAUCAUAGGUACACGUCAACUAUGACAGACAAAUUGAGGGAAAAAAAUCCUGAAAAUCACAUUGUAGGAUUUUUAAUGAAUUUAUUUGCAAAUUAUGGUGGAAAAUAAGUAUUUGGUCACCUACAAACAAGCAAGAUUUCUGGCUCUCACAGACCUGUAACUUCUUCUUUAAGAGGCUCCUCUGUCCUCCACUCGUUACCUGUAUUAAUGGCACCUGUUUGAACUUGUUAUCAGUAUAAAAGACACCUGUCCACAACCUCAAACAGUCACACUCCAAACUCCACUAUGGCCAAGACCAAAGAGCUGUCAAAGGACACCAGAAACAAAAUUGUAGACCUGCACCAGGCUGGGAAGACUGAAUCUGCAAUAGGUAAGCAGCUUGGUUUGAAGAAAUCAACUGUGGGAGCAAUUAUUAGGAAAUGGAAGACAUACAAGACCACUGAUAAUCUCCCUCGAUCUGGGGCUCCACGCAAGAUCUCACCCCGUGGGGUCAAAAUGAUCACAAGAACGGUGAGCAAAAAUCCCAGAACCACACGGGGGGACCUAGUGAAUGACCUGCAGAGAGCUGGGACCAAAGUAACAAAGCCUACCAUCAGUAACACACUACGCCGCCAGGGACUCAAAUCCUGCAGUGCCAGACGUGUCCCCCUGCUUAAGCCAGUACUGUCUCCUAUCAUUGCUACGCUGACGAUACACAACUAAUCUUCUCCUUUCCCCCUUCUGAUAACCAGGUGGCGAAUCGCAUCUCUGCAUGUCUGGCAGACAUAUCAGUAUGGAUGACGGAUCACCACCUCAAGCUGAACCCUGGCAAGACGGAGCUGCUCUUCCUCCCGGGGAAGGACUGCCCGUUCCAUGAUCUCGCCAUCACGGUUGACAACUCCGUUGUGUCCUCCUCCCAGAGUGCGAAGAGCCUUGGCGUGACCCUGGACAACACCCUGUCGUUCUCCGCUAACAUCAAGGCGGUGACCCGAUCCUGCAGGUUCAUGCUCUACAACAUUCGGAGAGUACGACCCUGCCUUACACAGGAAGCGGCACAGGUCCUAAUCCAGGCACUUGUCAUCUCCCGUCUGGAUUACUGCAACUCGCUGUUGGCUGGCCUCCCUGCCUGUGCCAUUAAACCCCUACAACUCAUCCAGAAUGCCGCAGCCCGUCUGGUGUUCAACCUUCCCAAGUUCUCUCACGUCACCCCCCUCCUCCGCACACUCCACUGGCUUCCAGUUGAAGCUCGCAUCCGUUACAAGACCAUGGUGCUUGCCUAUGGAGCAGUGAGGGGAACGGCACCUCCGUACCUUCGGGCUCUGAUCAGUCCCUACACCCAAACGAGGGCAUUGCGUUCAUCCACCUCUGGCCUGCUGGCUCCCCUUCCUCUGCGGAAGCAUAGUUCCCGCUCAGCCCAGUCAAAACUGUUCGCUGCUCUGGCACCCCAAUGGUGGAACAAGCUCCCUCACGACGCCAGGACAGCGGAGUCACUCACCACCUUCCGGAGACAUUUGAAACCCCACCUCUUUAAAGAAUACCUGGGAUAGGAUAACGUAAUCCUUCCACCCCCCCCCCCCCCCCCCCCCCAAAAAAAAAAAAAAAAAAAGUGUAAAGUGGUUAUCCCACUGGCUAUAGGGUGAAUGCACCAAUUUGUAAGUCGCUCUGGAUAAGAGCGUCUGCUAAAUGACGUAAAUGUGCCCUUGAUCAAGGCACUUAACCCUAAUUGCUCCUGUAAGUCGCUCUGGAUAAGAGCGUCUGCUAAAUGACUAAAAUGUAAAAUGUAAUGUAAAUGUCUGAAGUUUGCUAGAGUGCAUUUGGAUGAUCCAGAAGAGGAUUGGGAGAAUGUCAUAUGGUCAGAUGAAACCAAAAUAGAACUUCUUGGUAAAAACUCAACUCGUCGUGUUUGGAGGACAAAGAAUGCUGAGUUGCAUCCAAAGAACACCAUAGCUACUGUGAAGCAUGGGGGUGGAAACAUCAUGCUUUGGGGCUGUUUUUCUGCAAAGGGACCAGGACGACUGAUCCAUGUAAAGGAAAGAAUGAAUGGGCCAUGUAUCGUGAGAUUUUGAGUGAAAACCUCCUUCCAUCAGCAAGGGCAUUGAAGAUGAAACGUGGCUGGGUCUUUCAGCAUGACAAUGAUCCCAAACACACCGCCCGGGCAACGAAGGAGUGGCUUCGUAAGAAGCAUUUCAAGGUCCUGGAGUGGCCUAGCCAGUCUCCAGAUCUCAACCUCAUAGAAAAUCUUUGGAGGGAGUUGAAAGUCCGUGUUGCCCAGCGACAGCCCCAAAACAUCACUGCUCUAGAGGAGAUCUGCAUGGAGGAAUGGGCCAAAAUACCAGCAACAGUGUGUGAAAACCUUGUGAAGACUUACAGAAAACGUUUGACCUGUGUCAUUGCCAACAAAGGGUGUAUAACAAAGUAUUGAGAAACUUUUGUUAUUGACCAAAUACUUAUUUUCCACCAUAAUUUGCAAAUAAAUUCAUAAAAAAUCCUACAAUGUGAUUUUCUGGAUUUUCUUUCCUCAUAUUGUCUGUCAUAGUUGACGUGUACCUAUGAUGAAAAUUACAGGCCUCUCUCAUCUUUUUAAGUGGGAGAACUUGCACAAUUGGUGGCUGACUAAAUACUUUCUUUCCCCACUGUAAGACAUGUCUAUGUCACGGAAAGUUGGCUGUUGUUUACAACUUCAUUCUGGUCACAUAUCGCAUAUUGAGCAGCAACCGUCCCGUUAUAGGGACACCGAUCCUGUAGAGUUAAGAAUAAAAUGUUGAGCAAUGUGAUAAAAAAGUAAUGACUUUUCAAAUAAGUUACGUUACACGUUAUGUUGGCUGACAAUUUGUUAGCUACGCUACAGUACUUGCCAUACGAACCACAUAGCAUAUCACUACAGCAGUUGCUUGUAUGUACCGGUAUGUUAGCUAGCUACCUAAUGUUAGUUGGCUACUAAUACAUCGAACUUGACAAUAUAUUAAGUAUUCCAUAAUUGUGUGUGGUACGUCGGCCUCGAGCCACAUACAGUGCAUCUGGUGCAGAGUUGAGCCAUAUAGGGUUUAACAUAGGAAUGGACACUAAUAAUGAAACCUCAAAUACAGAUGGAGGAAAACAUUUGACUUGAUUAUUCACGUCAUUCUUAACUUUGCUAAGUGGUAUAGUCGUUGUGCGUUCUCAAUGGACAUUGUUAAUGAAGUCAUAAGAUGUCUAGCUAGUAAUUUGUUGUGCUAACAAGCUAGCAAGAAGUUGCGUAGCAACAGCAUCAACUUCCGGUAGACAGGCAACGUGCAAGUACACACAACGGAAAGGAUACCGUUCGUUUACAGUAUACUUAAAAAUGAACUAAUAGUAUGUAGUAUAUACUCAUUAAGUAUCAAAUCAAAUCAAUUUUUAUUUGUCACAUACACGUGUUUAGCAGAUGUUAUAGCGGGUGUAGCGAAAUGCUUGUACUUCUAGCUCCGACAGUGCAGUAAUAUCUAACAAUAUCACAACAUAUACCCAAUACACACAAAACUAGUAAGGAAUGGAAUUUAAGAGUAUAUACAUAUAUGGACAAGCAUUGACAGAGCGGCAUGGACUAAGAUACUGUAUGUAGUAUACAGUAUGUUAGUAUGGGUAUUCGAACACAGCGCUAUUGUCAACUUUGUGUUUACUUAACACCCACUUGACUACUCACUCAACACCCUCUGUCAGUUGACUUAUCACCAGCACAGACACGGAGAGUGCGAUAGAGAGGGAGAGCUGGAUGGAGACCGGAAUGAUCAUGGUGUAAGACUACGUGAGUUGGAGCGAGAGGGCAGGGGGAAGAGAGAAAAGUUACAGAUUUCCAGAGAAAGUCGGACAUGGGGAAUGAGAUCGAAAGAGAGACAGAAGGAGGAAAUUAGGCUGGAUAAAGACAGGAGAGGGUGAGCGAGAGAUGUUGAAGGGGAGAAAGAGAGAGAGGAAGGGAUGGAGGGAGGGAGGGAGACGAGGGGAACAGAGGAGUGAGGGCAGCGGGCUGCUCAUCCCUGUUGGUCUCGUUAUCCUGUCAGUGACACAGGUCUCAUCAGAGAGAAAACAGCAGCAUGCCUCUGGAGGGCACACACACAUACACACACACACACACACACACACACACACACACACACACACACACACACACACACAGAUUCUACAAGUCUCUCCAUGAGAAAUUCCAUCAUUUGGUGUGUUGUUGAUGGUGGUGGAAAAUGCUGUCACAGGCACCGCUCCAGAAUCCAGAAUAAGUGUUACAUUUGGAGGAGAUCUGGUGACAAACACACACACACACACACACACACACACACACACACACACACACACACACACACACACACACACACACACACACACACACCCUUUAAACCCCCUAUGCCCUUUGAGACCCCUCUUUCAAAGUCACUGAGAUCUCUUCUUCUAGCCAUGGUAGCCAAAAUAAUGGGCUACUGGGCAUUUUUAUACAUGACCCUAAGCAUGAUGGGAUGUUAAUUGUUUAAUUAACUCAGGAACCACACCUGUUUGGAAGCACCUGCUUUCAAUAUACUUUGUAUCCCUCAUUUACUCAAGUGUUUCCUUUAUUUUGGCAGUUACCUGUGUAUAUAUACAUUAUACAGAGAGUACCAUGAAACUGGUGCCAAAUAAAACCUUUCCUCAUCAAUACCUUUUUACAGAGUUGUUGUCUACAUAAUUUAAGCUAUAAAGCUGCAUUUGUUUGUACAAUUCACUUUGAUUUGAAAAAUGGAUAGGCUAAAUGUCUGUGAUUUAAUCGAUUUUCUGAAAAUUCGGUCUGUGCCUAGUUAGUGACGACAAUGAAACUCCGACGUAAAUGUGUCAGUUGGCCUUUUAGUCUAAAUGUCUAAGAUAGCCUAGACACCACAGGAGGUUGGUGGCACCUUAAUGUGUGUGUGUGUGUGUGUGUGUGUGUGUGUGUGUGUGUGUGUGUGUGUGUGUGUUGGGCAGGCAAGGCGAUGAUGGAUUGACUGUGGGGCGGUGGGUGGUGGCUGAUUGACAGCUAGUGUUGACGGCGGUCGGAUGGGCUGAAAAGGCCAUAAAUAUUAACCAGUGCCAGAUGAAGGUGUGUGUUGUGCUGUUGGGAGGUAGCGAUUUGCUGCAGAUUUAGCUGAGAGACCAGAGGAGACUAUUGAUUCACUAAGAGUAUUCAAUCAAUACUGUACUGUACUUCUCUACUAUAGUGCUGUAGAGUAUUUAAUACUAUACAUCUCUACUAUAGUACUGUAGAGUAUUUAAUAAUAUACCUCUCUACUAUAGUGCUGUAUAGUAUUUCAUACUAUACCUCUCUACUAUAGUGCUGUAGAGUAUUUAAUACAAUACCUCUCUACUAUAGUGCUGUAGAGUAUUUAAUACUAUACCUCUCCACUAUAGUGCUGUAGAGUAUUUAAUACUAUACAUCUCUACUAUAGUACUGUAGAGUAUUUAAUAAUAUACCUCUCUACUAUAGUGCUGUAUAGUAUUUCAUACUAUACCUCUCUACUAUAGUGCUGUAGAGUAUGUAAUACAAUACCUCUCUACUAUAGUGCUGUAGAGUAUUUAAUACUAUACCUCUCUACUAUAGUGCUGUAGAGUCAGUUGACGUUUUAGUCUAAAUGUCUAAGACAGCCUAGACACCACAGGAGGUUGGUGGCACCUUAAUUGGGGAGGACGGGCUCGUGGUAAUGACUGGAGUGGAAUAGGUGGAAUGGUAUCAUGUGUUUGAGGCCUUUUCAUUCGCUCCGUUCCAGCCAUUUAUUAUGAGCCGUCCUCCCCUCAGCAUCCUCCACUGGUAGAGACACACUCCCACUUCUCUAUGGCCUUCAGUGAGCUCUCUAGUGGUCUAUUGGAGCACUGUUGACAGUGCUCUGUAGUGGUCUAUUGGAGCACUGUUGACAGUGCUCUGUAGUGGUCUAUUGGAGCACUGUUGACAGUGCUCUGUAGUGGUCUAUUGGAGCACUGUUGACAGUGCUCUGUGAACAUGAUUGAUGACUGAGUGGAGGGAUGGAAGAUUGAUGAGGAAGAAGAACUGAUUUUUAUAAAACGUUCUACUUCAAAAGUAUUGGGAGAGUGUUGUUGUUGUUGUUGUUUUGGCUCUGUACUCCAGAUACAAUGACAAUGACAAUGACAAUGAGGUUACAGUGCAGACUGUCAGCUUUAAUUUGAGGGUAUUCUCAUCCCUAUCGGGUGAACCGUUUAGAAAUUACAGCACUUUUUGUUCACCAAAAGUAUUGGGACAAAUUCACUUAUGUGUAUUAAACUAGUCAAAAGUGUAGUAUUUGGUCCCAUGUUCAUAGCACGCAAUGAUUACAUCAAGCUUGUGACUCUACACAUUUGUUGGAUGCAUUUGCUGUUUGUUUUGGUUGUGUUUCAGAUUAUUUUGUGCCCAAUGGAAAUGAAUGCUAAAUAAUGUUUUGUGUCAUUUUGGAGUCACUUUUAUUGUAAAUAUGAAUAGAAUAUGUUUCUAAACACUUCUACAUCAAUGUGGAUGCUACCAUGAUUACGGUUAGUCUUGAAUGAAUCGUGAAUAAUGAUGAGUGAGAAAGUUACAGACGCACCAAUAAAAUACCCCCAAGUCAUGCUAACCUCUCAUCAUUACAAUAACAGGUGAGGUUAGCAUUCUUUUGGGGGUAUGAUAUUUGUGCGUCUGUAACUUUUUCACAAUUCAUUAUUCACGAUUCAUUCAGGACUAUCCGUAAUCAUGGUAGCAUCCAGAAUGAAGUGUCAGCGCAGUAUCUCUUUCGCUAGAAGCUCACGCACACACGCACAGACACACCGCACUUACGCAGACAACACACACACACACACCCACAUGCACACCUCAGCUAACUGCAGAUACCUAAACACUGAUAUCUUUCAGAGAACUCGACUACUGUAGAUUCUUCCAUUAAGCUCCCUCUAACAGAUCUGCUGUUUGUGUUUUUCUUUAAAGCCUAAUAGCUACACAUAUUCGUGCCAAAUGAUCCCUGUUGAUUGCUAUUAGUCAUUUUCUCCAGACAGACACUGCCUGGGUGGCUCUAGGACGACUUCAUCUGGAGUUCCACCACACACCUCACGAGGUUCCAUGUCUCCUAUAUGACUCCUAUGUGGUUCUCCCAUCUCUCUGUGUGUGUGUACUCUCCUGCUGACCCUCAGUGGUCCAGCAUCUAAUCCCACAAAGGCCUGUGGGUCAUACAACCAGGAAUUGGGUUUACAGGUCUGUCUCACAGGGACCAAUCAAGGCCGUCGCGGCAGGGUUCCGUGCGACGUGAUUGGCCGGUCAGCGAUGAAAGGGUGAUUCCACAGAGGAGGUCCUGCUGUUCUGGAAAGGUGGAUUUAAAAGGAAAUGUUCACUUGUAUGAAACAGACACACACACACCCUCAGGCUAAGAUGAGGAAUCCUAGUUCAGGAUGUGGACCUAAUGGUCAUUUGUGUGUGUACACGUCUUAGUGUACACAUGCCCAAGGGCUCUACUAGAAUCUGAUCUCCUUCAUUACCUCCAUUGUAUCUUUACAAAGAAUAACAUAACUAAGUAGCCAAGAAAUAGCCUGUAUAAGUAGCUUGAAAAAGCCCCUUUUUCAGCUAACAAAUUGGAGACGGUUCUAUUCUUUCUAUAAACCUUCUGACUUAAACACAGCAGAUACAAAGACUGCUCCUCUCACUUCUCUCUCCUACUUCUUCUCUACUCUCUCUUCUUCUAUUUCUACUCCUCUCUCUCCCUCUCUUUCUCUACUCCUCUUUCUCUCCUCUUCUUACUUCCUUCCUCUUACUUCUCUAUCCCUCUCUCUAUCUUUUCAUCCUGUUCUCUCUCGUUCCUCCCAUCUUUCGCAUUGCCUGCCCCCAUCUUUCCCUCUCUCUCUUUCUGUUUCUCUCUCUCUUUCUGUUUCUCUCUCUUUCUGUUUCUCUCUCUCUUUCUGUUUCUCUCUCUUGCUGUUUCUCUCUCUUCUGUUUCUCUCUCUCUUUCUGUUUCUCUCUCUCUUUCUGUUUCUCUCUCUUUCUGUUUCUCUCUCUUCAGACAUAGCUGGUUGUUUCACCAUCUCUUUCCCUCUCUCUCUUUCUCCUCUGUCUAAGCCCAUUAGUGUCUGUGUUGGAGCCCUGUGAGAGCCUGUCCGUGUUGGAGCCCUGUGAGAGCCUGUCCGUGUUGGAGCCCUGUGAGAGCCUGUCCGUGUCGGAGCCCUGUGAGAGCCUGUCCGUGUCGGAGCCCUGUGAGAGCCUGUCCGUGUUGGAGCCCUGUGAAAGCCUGUCCGUGUUGGAGCCCUGUGAGAGCCUGUCCGUUUCGGAGCCCUGUGUUGGAGCCCUUUGA